AUGGCAAACUCGACGGGAAAAAGCCUACCCGACCAGCGGAGGAAAGGACUAGCUUUCCUGGACGAGCUGCGGCAAUUUCACCAAAGCAGAGGAUCGCCGUUUAAGAAGGUCCCGGUGGUGGGUGGAAAGGAGCUGGACCUGAGCGCUCUCUACUCGAGAGUCGUCUCUUUAGGAGGCUUCGCUAAGGUUUCUGACAAAAACCAGUGGUCCGAACUUGGCGAAGAGUUUAAUUUCCCGAGGAGCUGCUCCAAUGCUGCUUUUGUUUUAAAACAGUACUACCUUCGAUAUUUAGAGAAGUACGAGAAGGUCUAUCACUUUGGAGAAGAUGACGAGGAGGUGCAGCCUGGAAACCCCAAACCAUCACUUCCAAUCGGUGCAAUACCCUGCUCGUACAACUACCAGCAACAUAUUGUAUCAGACUAUCUCCGCCAAAGCUAUGGGCUGUCGACGGAUUUUGUCCCUCCAUCCGACUACAACAAAUUGGUGCUGUCCCUGCUGUCGGGGCUUCCUAAUGAGGUGGACUUCGCCAUUAACGUGUGUACGCUGCUGUCCAAUGAGAGCAAGCACACCAUGCAGCUGGAGAAGGAGCCCAAACUCAUCACACUGCUGCUGGCACACGCAGGGGUCUUUGAUGACUCAUUAGGUAGCUUUUCUGCUGUAUUUGGCAUGGAUUGGAGGGAGAAAACAUCCCGAGAUUUUGCGAAGUUUUGGAAAGAUGUUGUUGAAGACAAUGAAGUAAAAGAUCUCAUCUCAGACAAGAGCUGCACACCACAAGAUGGGUCAGAGCACAGUGAUGCGCGGACGUCCCUGUUCCGCCCGCUACGUAACAUGGGGAUCGAUGAUGUGGAGGGCCAGCGCGUGCUCCAAGUGGCCAUCAUCCUGAGGAACCUCUCCUUCGAGGAGGCCAACGUCAAACUGCUGGCAGCUAACCGCACCUGUCUGCGCUUCCUCCUCCUCUGCGCACACUGCACAUUUGUCUCGCUACGGCAACUAGGCCUUGACACACUGGGGAAUGUAGCAGGAGAGCUUCAGUUGGAUCCGGUGGAUUUUCGAACAACUCACCUAAUGUUCCACACAAUUACCACAUGUCUGAUGUCAAGGGACCGCUUUCUAAAAAUGAGGGCCAUGGAGAUCCUGGGCAACCUGAGCAAGGCAGAGGAUAACGGAGUUCUGAUCUGCGAGUAUGUGGACCAGGAGUCGUACCGGGAGGUGAUCGCCCUGCUUACCCUGCCAGACAUCAUGCUUGUUAUCUCUUCCCUGGAGGUGCUUUACCAGCUGACUGAGCUUGGCGAGAUCACCUGCUCCAAAAUUGCGUCUGUGGACAGGAGCAUAGAUCUGCUGGUGCGGUUAGUGUCCGUAGACUUGCACACGUUUGGGCCUGAUGCUCUGACGGCAAUUAAGUUGAUAGAGCACCAGAGUGCUAACAGCCAGGUUGCAGAGGUACGACCGCAGCUUGUGGAGCAUGUGCCUCCUCCCAUGCAAGGCACACCUGUGCCAGUGACGAGAGUUCCUGUCCAAUCUACCCCUCCUCCAGGCAUUGUGGAGAUAGAUGGAGAGAAAUUUACAACUCAGUGGUUGAAUGCUCAUUAUGAGGUGCAGACAGAGGGCUCUGUCUCUCGCUCUGAGAUGUACUCGGAAUACUUGGCGACCUGCAGCAAGUCAGCACGUGGUGGUGUCCUAACCUCAAAUGCUUUUUACAAAUGCCUGAGGACGUUAUUCCCUAAUCAUACGGUAAAGCGCAUGGAGGACUCUAGGGUGAAUGGCCAGGCUCAGAUCCAUGUAGUUGGUGUACGAAAGAGGGCAAUUCCGCUCCCCGUUCAGCUGUAUUACCAGCAGCAACAGGCCAGUCCUGUACCAGGGCCCAAACAUGAGGCUCCGACGGAACCUUCACAACAAGCCCACUCCGGCUUGCCCUCUAGUGUGGGUGGGCAGUUUGUCCGGGCACCAGCACCAAGCCUUACUGCCGGCCAGGCAGCACCACCAAUUGCCUUCAACAUGCAUGGAGCGUCGCAUCCUCAUCCUCACCACGCUCCCAACGCUCCUGUGUCAGCCCAUGCUGGCCCACGGCUCCCAGUGAACCCUCCGGUACAAGCUGCACCUCCUCCAUGCCCAGAAGCUCCACAAUCCUCAUGUCCAGCUACUUCAGCCAUGCCUCCACGGCCCAGUGAUAUUCUGAAGACAGCUAUGAUCCAGAGCUCCAUCCCUACAACCCCAGCUGUCCCCACUGCCCCCAACCAUAGCAUUAUCCCUACAACCCCUACGCCUCAACAGCCCCUCCUUCACCAUGCUCCAGUUACAUUGAUCCAACAGGGGAUGCCACAGGGACACAUAUUCACAGGCAGAGUGCAAGGAGCGUGCCCUCCCAUGGGCCAGCAGCGCCUUCCUGCCCCACAGGGCCAGCUGGGUGCCACCCCACAGGAAACUAUGGUGCUGGCUCCUCCUCAAUAUGCGAGUGCUCCUUGCACAUCGUUGGUGGCAGGAGGGCAGGUGUUCACUGUAGCAGGUGUACAGAGUACCCAAGGGCCGCGUGUGACCUUCCAGAACAUUGCUCCCAAACCUGCCCCACAGGCACAGCCACCCCUGCAGCAUCCGCAGCACCAACAGACGCAGCCACACCACCAACAGCAGCAGCAACAGAGCUUAGUCAUUGUUAGCCCUAACCCACAGCCUAACCCUGCUUUUGCCCCAGCCAUUCACCAGAUCGUGCUUGCUAAUCCCUCAGGCAUGCAAAAUGCCCAGACCAUCCAGCUGUCAGGGCAGCCAGCUGCUUCUCCUCAGCCCUCUUCUUCGCCUGGCCAGUCUGCCUCAUGUCCCAGUCCACAGGUGCUGGCUUCACCUUCAAAUCCUGUCCAAGGUCAGGGCCCACCUCCCACUGUUGGUCAAAUGCUGUCUGUCAAACGGCAGCAACAGCAGUUUCAGAUUCACUCCUCUCCCCCUCCACCGCCACCCCCUCCACCACCCCCUCCCACAAUCUCUGCCCAGACUACCUCCACAGAGUCCAGUCUGAUCAAACAGUUACUUCUUCCAAAGCGUGGCCCUGCUACGCCUGGAGGUAAACUUAUUCUCCCAGCCCCCCAGGUCCCUCCCCCUGCCAGCACCAGGGCACCUAGCCCACAGGUAAUGUACCAGGUGACUAACAGCAGCCAGGGAGCUCCACAGACACCACAACUGAGCGUGCAGCUAGUGCAAAGCUCUGUGCCCAUCUCUAUCCUACCUGGGCAAAUCCUCUCCACCUCCAACCCGGCUACAAUCUUGCAGGCCACACCCAGUAACCAGGUCACCCUCACAGUAGUGCCAAACUCCAGCUUCCCCAACGCUGCUGCUGGCAGCCAGGGGGCACCAUCUUCUUUCGUCUCUCAGACUGGUCUGACCAUCAACACAUCACCCCCCACACUUGGUCUGCAGCUGACGCCACCCUUGCCACCCCCAGUAGCUACCUGCACAACACCAGUGCCACCUUUCAAAGGUGACAAAAUUAUCUGCCAAAAGGAGGAGGAGGCGAAGGAUGCCACGGGACUCCAUAUCCAUGAACGCAAGAUUGAGGUGGUGGAAAACUCCAUGGUAAAUGAAGGCCCCACCAAAGCCAGCAAUGGGCAGUCUGUGGAGGUUGAUGAACCUGGGGCCAAGCUGGUCAAUGGGAGGAAGUUUGACUCAAGUCUACCUCCGUACCACUCAGGGAACAGCCAGCCAGAGGCCCUGCAGGGCACACAGGCGCUCAACGGCCCCACUCUACAGGACAGUGAUGGCACAGCAAAACAGACGUCAGGAGGCCCGACCUCUGAAUCCAGAAAGGUCAUGGUAAACGGUGUCUGUGAUUUUGAUCGAGAUGCUGCAACUGGUGCCCAUCCAAGCAAAAACAUUCCAAAUCAUAAAGCUUCCAAACAUAUGGGCAACGGGGAGGUGCUGCUGCCCCAGAAAGCGCAUGGGGCUUUGCCCCUCACUGACUCUCUCCCACCCCAGCAGGGCACUGCCAAAGCAGAGCAACAAGAACGCCUGGCUAAUGGUCCCAAAAGCUCAAGUCACAGUGCUGAGAUUUCCAAUGGUCCCUCAGCCCAGAAUUCAGAUAUGUCAGGCUUGAGGCAGCAGCACCCACCUCACAACCACUCCUCACCUCCCCCUGCAGCUACACCCAGCACUCAGAAUGCGCCAGGAGCAGAGAUGCCCACCAAUGGCAUGUCUGAGAGCAGAGCCCUGAAGAGGCCAGCAGAAGACUGUAAUCGGGGUGGUACAGCCUCGGGAAUUCCCAGCAAGAUGGGUGUGCGGAUAGUGACCAUCAGCGACCCCAACAAUGCUGGCAACAGUUCUACAAUGGUGGCAGUCCCGGCAGGUGCAGACCCAAGCACAGUAGCAAAAGUAGCAAUAGAAAAUGCAGCGCAGCAGAGGCCCAGUGUGCCCACCACACUUCCUGAAAAUACCACUCCUCCGCAGCCUGUGUCAACGCAGUCUCCGCCCCCAGUGGGGUUGUCUGCACAGGGAGCCAAUCAGAGUUCAGCUCCUCCAGCUGAGGGCCCUCAAGCCGCAGCACUCCCACCAGAACACACUCGCAAACCUGGGCAGAACUUCAAAUGUCUAUGGCAGGCCUGUAAACGGUGGUUUGAGACACCUUCACAGGUGUUCUAUCAUGCGGCUACACAGCACGGCAGCAAAGAGGUGUACCCUGGACAGUGUCUGUGGGAAGGCUGUGAACCCUUUCCACGGCAGAGACUUUCCUUCAUCACGCAUCUACAGGACAAGCACUGCUCGAGGGAAGCCCUUAUAGCCGGACUCAAACUGGAGGAACAAACACAAGGCAGCAAUCCCAAUACUUCCAAGUCUCCUCCACUGGCAGGCAGCAGUCCAGCUCCUCCUAGGCCGCAGAAAGCUAUAGUCAAUCACCCCAGUGCGGCUCUAAUGGCCCUGCGCCGCGGCUCGCGCAACCUGGUGUUCAGGGACUUCACUGAUGAUAAAGAGGGACCAAUGACCAAACAUAUUAGAUUAACUGCUGCCUUAACGUUAAAGAA